UAUCUGCGUGUGAAGAUGAAAACUGCUGCAAUGCGUUGUGUAUCAUCAAAAGAGACAACACUUUCCAAAGCUACCAAAUUUCUCUCCAGUUUUUUAUCUGCUGACAAUGGUGCUCCGGUACACAUCGAUCGGUGUCUCCACAAGGCUUAUAAAGCUUUCAAAAAGCUCAACAAGAUUCAUAAGGAGCGUAAGAGUCGUCAAAGCCACGCAACAGAUGAUAGUGGAAGAGUGGUUGGGAGUGUUGAUGUGAAAUAUGAGAAUGAGGUUCCAAGGGAACAGUUGCAAGAUGAGAAUGUCGAUGAAAAAUUGAUUCGGAAUGGUAAUGGUUCUGUUUCGGGUGGAAGUGAGAAGCAUGAUAAGAAAGAUAGUAAGGAUAAGCUUGAAUUUGGAAACACGGAAGGUGAUGGUAAAUUACCGAAAAAGGAAGAAAGUGGAAUUGAAUCGGGUAAGGGGAUUGAAGGAGGAACGGAGGAGGUAAAGAAACAAAAAAGGGAGAAGAAGAAGAAGGACAAGAAUCAAGAAGGUGAGAAUGCAAUGGGACAAGAACAAAAGGAAGAGGUAGAGAAAAAACUAAGUGACGGUGUGAAGAGUGAAAAUGGAGGGCUAGUUGAUCAUCGGGACAUAGAAAUUAGGUCGAAAGAGAAACAUGAAGCCGGAAGUGAGAAUAAAUUAAAAGAUGAAGAGGUAAAGACGGAUCAAAAGAAGAAGAGGAAGAAUAAAGAUGUGGAAGAUAGAACCGGGGAACGGUCUAAAAAGAAAACAAAGAGGAAACACGAGGGUUAAACUUAAAUUAGGUCUUUAUUAAAUAUAUUUUUUUCAAUAUUGAUUAGGAAUUUUCACUUGCAAGGUUGCUUAUUGUGGCAUCACUUUUUAUACUAUCAUAGAACAUAAGAGGAAUUGCGUAUUGAUUCCUCUUCUAUAUUAUUUUUGCCAUACUAGGGUUAUGACUAAAUUUAUGUGAUUACUAAAUUCAUAGUUAAAUCUUUUUCAAAAUUGAUGUAGAAUUUUUACUUGUAAGGUUGCUUACAUUGCGGUGUAAU